GAAAUUCCGGAUCGAUUCCUCGGGCCGAACUUGAUGGCGUCCGUUGGCAACCGCGAGCUCGUCCGCGUUGUAAUGAACCCCGCGUGAGGCGAGCGGCAACUUCGCAAGUCCCCUCCACACCUCGGCUGUCGGUGUCGCUGCGAGCGAUCGAGAACCAAAGAGUAUAAAAGUCAAACCAUCUGGUGCCAAGGAGCUGUCACUCGCACCGCAUGUGACAGGAAGGCCUGCAGCCUGUUUAAGUCUGACUGCAGGAGAAGUCCACAUCUCAGCGACAAUCAGGCUCUCGGAUGGCGUACUUCCACGCAGAGCUGCGUCUCUGGACGAUGAAGAAUUCCUUCGCCGUUAAAGGUACCGACAUCGGCUGUUUCCACUAUCACGAGAAGGGCGAGGCAGUUCCCCCGACCAGCGAUUUCUUCUAUCUGGAGGACAAGCAGCGCUACGCCGAGAGUCGCAACUACACGUGGGUUCCCAAGAACAAGCGGCCGGAGAAACUGCGCGAAACUCUCAAGGACCUGGAGGAGCUGCUGCAAGGCAGCCGCUGCGUGGACACGAGAUGGAGGAGCAAGCAUUGCUGCCAGAUGCUCAUGAGCUCGGGCAUGCUGGUGACGCUGUUCCUGGUCGGUGCCGACCUCGACCGGGUUGUGAUUGACAAGGCCCUGGUGGGCCGCUUGCCGGCCGACACCAUCUGGAACGGCGUGCUGAUGGAUGCCUUCCUGCUGGCGACCUUCGUGGAGAAGGCCCGCCUGUCGUACGUGUCGCUUGGAGCAGCCGACCGCGACCGCAAGCAGGACAAGAUCUCCACCGCCGACAUCAAGGUGUCGUCCGUGGACCUGCCAGCCUUUGCUCUCGGCGCUGCUGCCGCCCCCCCGGGUGGGCCCUCGCGGCGCGUGGAGUGGCACGUGUGCGUCAACGCGGCACAGGACCUGGCGGCGUGCUGGUGGGCUGGAGGUGGCGGCGGCGGUGGCGCUGGGCCCGGCGUCCAGGGAGCGUGCCCCUGGUCGCCCGUCGCCACCGACUGGGACCGCGCCAAUCUCCUGCUGCUGUGCUGUGCCGCGGGACGUCUAGAGGUGCUGAGCUGGGUGUGCACGGACGGGGAGCCCCUGGACGUGCGGUUUAGCUCGGGGCAACCGUACCAGCUGUGCACGGUGGAGCGGCCGUGGGGCAGCGCCACGGGGAGCGCCACGGCCGACGCGUGCCUCUACGAGUGCACGACCGCGCGACUCGGUACAGUGGGCGGAAGUGGCGGCUCGUGGCUGCAGCGCGUGUGCGUCACCACCGUGCCCUUGCCGGCGCCCGCCAUCUCCUGCAGCUGGGGCCCCGGGGGUCAGCACCGCCUGCUGCUGGGCUGCGCCGACUCGCAGGUGGUGCUGUACGACGCCAGCUGCCAGCUGAGCCUGGUGGCACAGGCAGAGGUGCGGCCGGAGAUGGUGGCCUGGCACCCGGCGGGCGGCGUGGUGGCGGUGGCGAGCUGCGAGCCGGCGCGCGUGCAGUGCCUGGACGCGGCGCUCACCCCGCUGAGCGCGCAGGCCGCGGCCGAGGAGCCCGCGCCAGUCGUCGCCAUCGACCUGUCUCAGUGGGUGCGCUCGCAAGGUGGGCUAGCCCGCCUCGAGUGGGCUGCGGCCGCCCUGUCGGCCCACGCUCCCGGCCGCCCCGAGCCAGCCGACUCGCUGUUCGUGCUGUUCUGCGCCGGCCCGCUGGGCGUCCUCGACUUCAAACCAGGCGUGCUGAGCGGCGGGCGGCUGGGCGCCGCGGAGCUGCUGCACGAGCACCUGCGUCGGGGCCGCGCCGGCGCCGCCGUGGGCCUGCUCGCCAGCCUCAGCUGGGACUCGCACGGGCCCGAGUGCCUCGCAGGCCUCACCGCCGUCGCGGACCGCCUCCUGCGGCAGCCGCUCACCCCCGACACGGAAGCCCUGCUGGAGUCGGCACUCGCCACGUUCUACGCCCCACGGCGCGCUGUGGCCGACUCGACGGUGCUGGCGUACCGCGACGCGCUCUGCCACUACGCACGCCGCUUCUUCCACCACCUGCUCAGGUACCAGCAGUUUGAGAAGGCCUUCCUGCUCGCCAUCGACAUCGGCGCGCGGGACCUGUUCAUGGACAUCCACUUUGCAGCGGCGGCGCGGGGCGAGCUCGCGCUGGCGGCGGUGGCGAGGAGGAAGGCGGACGAGGUGGACGCAGACAGCAUCACUGCCGGCGUCGAGACUGUGGACCUGCUGGACAGGGCGGUGUGUGACGAGACGGGCCGCGCACUGCCAGCGCCACCGAGCGGCCGCGUGGAGCUUCCCGGGCUGACCAGGGCCGUUGCCGCGGAGAGGAGCCGGACGGGGCCUCGCCGCUACGACACGGGCGGCAGCCUGCACGGCGGCGGCUCCGGCAAACACGGCCUGGAGCCGGCGGAGCCCAGCGCGAGGCCCGUGGGGCGGAAGCUGGGGGCCGAGCUGUCGUGUGAGCCGUGCCUGCAGGCGUACGCCGCCGCUCUGCUGGAGGACCCCGCCGCGUGGGCACGUGCAGGAGCGGCUGGCGUGGACGGGCAGCAGUUGGGAUCGGAGGUGAGCGUGGGAGGCCAUGCCAUGGGGACCCUGCAGGUGGUGCACCUGGGCCUCGUCUGAGCCAAGCCUGGGCCUCGUCUGAGCCAAGCCUGGGCCUUGUGCGAGCCACGCCUGGGCCUAGACCCGAGUCAGACGCGGAACAAAACCCGGAGCAGGCCCGAACCAAUAUCCGAACGAGACCUACGCACAGGCACCAGGCUGGACCAAUGCUGGACCCAGUCGUCCUGAAACAAAAUGUUUCAGGACUCUGAUAGAGAUCUACGUUUGGCUUUGGACUCAAACCCAAGGUGGACUUGUUUUCCAGAACUCGGAAUGUCUACAAGCGCUCGUCGACACAGCGUCAUGACACGUGCACCACAACACUGCAGCACCGCGCCACGUGGAGGCUGUGUCUUGUUGGGCAUCAUCGGCCUUUUACUGCAAUGUGUACGUAAAUAUUCUCAGAACGUGCCAGUACCCCACACACAAACACACAGCCUUCUCUGUAGUCACAAAUCUGUGCACGAAGAGUGGAUUACAUUCCACGCGUGAGAAACGAUUUACAUUUGCCUCUAAGUACAUGGGAUGGCGUUUCAUGGCUUCAGCCCGGCUGAGGAAAGCAGACACGAUCGGGCCUAGGGUUUAGCAAAUAAAUGUAAAAAUAUAACGGGCGGAGUUGUGUGUGGCAUUACAAUGACACAAAGCGCAAAAGUUUCCAGCAUCGGUCGACCUUUAACGGGCUCGCUGGGUCCGGCGAGACUGCAAGAUUAGCGGUGGGCAUUCGUCUUGCAGACAGACAGAGUGAGCUCGUGGAGAGGAGCAGAAAGGUAUGAGCAAGGAGAAGCAGAGAUGAGCAAGGAGUAGCAAGGAGAAGCAAGCUGGAACAUAAAUAAAUGGCGAGGAGCAAACGGGCAGGAAUGGGCUGAGGAGCAGAAGUGAAAAUAGAUGUGCAUGGAUGAUCUGGGGAGGAACGGGAAUGAGCAGGGAACCAGGGAGAGGCAAAGAGUAGCAGGGGGGAGCAGAGAGGCAGAAGGGAAGAAUGAAAUACAGGGAGUUACUCAUUCUGGGGUACAGAGAAACGAGGAGCAGGGAGGAGAGAGCCCUGUUGUGCAAUAUUUGAGAAAUCAAAGUAUUUUUUUACUCGAUUUUUGUAAGCGUCAUUUCGUAUUAUUUUAUACGUGCACGUGUACAUUUCAAGCUGAUCUGUCAUUGCAACGUUGUACUGUAUUGUAAUUGUCAGGGAUUCUAGUUCUCAUUGUAGUCAUGUGUUUUUUUUUUGCGUCUCACCUUGGUGUUGUGUGUGUUUAUGCGUCCUCAUUCGGCCCGUGACGCACGGGAUUGCGUCUCGCUGUCCGUUAUGCACGGAUGAAUCACAAAACCAGGCCUCCCCGUGGCUCACGCAAAGUCCUUAUUUACACAUGCAGUUUUUACCACGUGCACUGGCCCAGUGGCUAAUGCACUGCGCGCAGGAUACUCGGCCACGAGUCCGUUUAAAACAUCACCCUCCGGUUUGUUCGCCAAAAAAAGUGAGCAUCGCAUCUGUUCAGCCGAUGUGGAAGUACGGCCAACGAGCGCGGGACUCGGGGCCGCCUGGCCACGGCGCCGUGCACGUCGCCUCGUGCGUGCAGCGAGCGGGGCUCAACGAACGACGCGUGUCAACCACCCGGAGCAGAAUGAAGCCGGUCCGGACAGAAUAUCCGAAACGCCUUCUUCGCCCUGGCUGACCCAAACGCACUUGUCGCUCUGUGUAUGAAUUUAUAUGUGGAUUUAUGUGGCGUGUGUACCCGUGCGUGACUCUUGUGUCCGUGUGGGUGGCUUUGCGGUAAAUACCGUUUUUGUCAACAAGUGCAAUCCACUUCAUUCUUUUUUUCUUCUCAACUGCAACGCCGUCAGUGUGACUUCCAUUUGUGUCCAAGAGAGAGCCCAGUGAGACAGUCUCCUUCCCGCUGCGCGUGGCACAGUUUGGCGUAAGCGUGAGCAGACAUUGCAGUUGCGCCCUCCUCGCAACCGGUGCUCGUGCUCAUGAACAACUCGGUGACCUGUACACGCUCGUCAUUGAAUUCUGGCCAAACGCCGCACCAGAAGUGAAUCAGAUUUCAAUAUGACCUGGGCAUGCACCUAUGUUGACUCGGCCUAAAAGGGCGGUAGCUAGCAGAAUGUGAGAAAACGAAUGGCCACAUCGACAUUUUGCUGGCAUCACCACCCCACCCGAGGGCCGUAGCCAGAUGUGAUAGGCGCUCGCUAACAACCCUGGUGACGGCCGUCUGUCAGGCUCAGCGGGUGCUGAUUAUACGUGUGUUGCUGUGUGGGUGUGUUGAGAUGUUCUUGCGUCGAGAAUGUACAUUGGGCUUGCUGUUGAAGAUAUACACAAACAGAAUAAAGGUCGCGUUGUGACUUA